AUGGAGAAGUCCCUGGAUGUGGGCAAUGACCAGAGUCUAGGAAUUUGUCUGGGCUUGUCCACAAGACCAGAGAUAAGGGAAAUUCUGUUUGCCAUCUUCCUGACCCUCUACCUGCUGACCCUCCUGGAGAACACGCUCAUCAUUUUCCUCAUCUGCAGUCACAGCGAGCUCCACAAGCCCAUGUACUUCUUCCUGGGCAACCUGAGCUGCCUGGAGAUGUGCUACAUGUCAGUGACAAUGCCCAGCCUGCUCAUGAGGCUGUGAACUGGACCCUACCAUGUGCCCUUCAUAGCCUGCAUGACUCAACUCUUCUUCUUCAUAGUCCUCAUCUGCACUGAGUGCACCCCCCUGGCCUCCACGGUCUAUGACCACUAUGUGGCCAUCUGCUGCCCACUCCACUACCUACUGCUUAUGAGGCCCCAGGUCUGCCUGGGCUUGGCCAUAACUUCAUGGCUUGGUGGGUUGUUGGUCUCGGUGGUCAAAACAGCAUGCAUCGUCAGCCUGUCCUGCUGUGGCCCCAAUGUCCUCAACCACUUCUGUGAUGUCUCCCCUCUGCUCAAUCUGUCCUGCACCCACGUGGCCCUGACGGAGCUAGUGGACUUCAUCUCUACCAUCGUCAUCCUCUGGGGUUCCCUCCUGAUGGCCAUAGGCUCCUAUGUGGCCAUUGGUAGGGCUGUGCUCCACAUGCCAUCAGCGGCCGCCCACCACAAAGCCUUCUCCACCUGCGCCUUCCAUCUGGUAGUGGUAAGUAUCUUCUACUCAGCCACUCUCUUUGUCUACGCCCAUCCCAGCCACAUAGAAGCCAUGGACCUCAACAAGGUGUUGUCUGUCAUCUACACGGUGGUCACGCCUAUGUGCAAUUCCGUCAUCUACUGCCUGCGGAACAAGGAGGUCUAG